AUGUCUACAACAAUAGAUCAAAAGGCCUAUUUGCAGAAAUAUCUGGGCGGGCCAUCGGCUAUCAAGAAAAAGAAAAAGAAAAAAGUCGUCAAAGGACAAGGCUUUAAAAUUAUAGAUGAUGACUUAGAUUUCUCUAAGUUACGGGCAUUAGAUGGAGAUGAAUUGGAUAUUCUUGAUGAGGGUGAAGAUGCUCCACAGAUAGCUGGCAUUAUAGAUGAAAGACCAGAUGAUGUCAAAAAAUUAGAACAAUUCAAAACUACCUCUAAAUGGCGAGUGAUCAAUCAGGAUGACGGUUUUAACAGCAAACUACAAGUUGAGGAAAUCAAGAAGGAUGUCAAAGAGGUCGAAAAGGAAAAUGAAUUAAUAUUUGGGAAAAUGUACAGCGAUUCUGAGGACGAGAAACAGCAAGACUCCGACGCGUCGCCACCAAGAAGGAAGAACAAAGACGAUGAGACAAGAACGGCAACAAAAAUAACUCUGAACAGUAAAGAAAACAGCGACAGCGAUCUAAGCCCGCCCAGAAAUAGAAUUACGCGAUCCCCUUCUAAGAAAACAAAAUACGAGAACAUCACGAACUACGAUUCUGAACUGUCACUGCCGAGGAGCAAGAAAAAUGAUGACCGGUCUAAAACAGGUACAAAUCAAAGCCGGAACAACAGCGACAGCGACCUUAGCCCGCCCAGAAGGAGACGUUCGCAGUCCCCGUCGAAGGAUACCAAAUGCGACGACACAAGGUCCGAUUCUGACCUGUCACCGCCGAGGAGGAAAGAGAAGAAAGGGAAAACGAGGAAACCCAGCCGCUGGGAGCAAAUCGACGGGGACACGAGCAAACGGUAUAGGAAAAAGUCGCCGAGCUCAGACAGCUCACCACCAAGGAGGGACAAGAGACAAAAAGACGUAAAAACAAAAACAAACACCACCAACUUAUCACCAAGAAGAUCGCACAGGAGCGAAAACAGCGCUAUGUGCGAUUCGGACACGUCGCCCCCGAGUAAAUCGAGAAAGGAUGCCUCGUCAAGAAAAAGGAACAGAACCCCAGACUCCGACCUAUCUCCUCCGAGGAGGAAAAAGCAAUCGCCACAGAGGCAAGCGGUCAACGACAGUAACAGCGAACGAAGGUACCCGGAAAAUAAAAAGAGAAAUUGGUUAGAAACCUCGCGGGAAGAUAGGCACAAAGGACACAAAGGGUCGCACAAAUAUCCAGAGGGACGAAGUAGAACGAAGCGUGGCAGCGAUUCAGACGCGUCCCCGCCAAGAAAAGCGCAGAGCAGUAGGAGAGAGGAGAGAAGAAAUUACCAAAGAAGCAGUGACAGCCCGCCACCAUCCAAUAUGAAAAUGGCUAAGACCCUGGAAGGAAAGAAGGCUGGGCUGCAAGAUGCCCUUCAGUUGCGGAAAGAGAAUGAAGCCUUCAGGAAGAGAGAAGAAGAGGUGUUCAGGAAGAUGACUGAUGAAGUUUCAGGAAGGAAUGCAAAAGCUGUUUCAAGAAGUAAAAGAGAGACUUCAGAAGAAAGGCAGAAAUUAAGAGAGAAAGCAGAGAGGCAGAAAGAGUUGGAUGAUAAAUACAAAAAAUGGAGUAGAGGUCUUAAGCAAAUAGAGGCGCAAGAGGCCAGGGUGCAGGAGUACAUUCACGAAGCGGCCAAACCCCUGGCGAGGCAUAAGGACGACCGAGACUUGGAGCAGAACUUGAAGCAAAUCGAGAGAGCUGGGGAUCCAAUGCUUCAGUAUAUCAGGGAGAAGAAGGUGGAGAGAGGCGAAAUCGGACCUGAGAAGCCGCAGUACAAAGGCAACUUCCCCCCGAACCGCUUCAGCAUACGCCCUGGCUACCGCUGGGACGGCGUGGACCGGUCCAACGGCUACGAGAAGAAAUACUUCGAGCAGCAGAGCAAGAAGCGAGCCCAAGAAGAGGAGGCUUAUAAAUGGAGCACGGAAGAUUUG